CUUUAACAGAGUCAUAUAAAUAAAGCAUAUCGGACUUCUUAUUUUUCAUAGAAUUAUUAACCAUAAGGAAGAAAAUAAUGGCUAUGACACAAGUUUUUGUGAUUUUUAUUCUUCUAGCAACGUCGUUGUGCAACUCCAAUGCUUUGCCUUCAUCGGUAAUCAACGGAUUUGGAUAUGAUUAUUGCAUUGUAGAAUGUUCAAUAACUUUUUUAGAUGAUGCAUGCAAGCCAUUGUGUAUAGACAGGGGGUACUCGGAUGGAGGAUGUAUUGGUUUAUCACCACAUUUUAAAUGUUGUUGUAAGAAAUGAUAUAAAUCAAUAGUAAACUGGCGAUUUGAUAUCUGGUUUGUUUUUUGAUGAAAUAAAUAAAGCUAAUCUUAUUAU